GAUUAAAAUCUUCUAAUCUUUUCCCAACUUUGGUUACCGUACAAACUUCUUCGAACGUCACUGUUUUCAUUCUUACACGACACCUCCUCUAACUCAAUAAAUUGUCGCCCCAACGAACUGUUUUUCAUUAUUUCCUUCCAUACCCAAUUAUUAUUCUUUUGCUCUUUUAGAUUACGAACUCGAUCGAAGAAACGAAACAUAAAGAACAAAAAUUUCAAUCACAGGACAAAGGGAGAUAAUGGGGAGCAAGAACGAGAGAAGAACAACGAUAGAAGUUGGAGCUGAUGGGGUUGCUGUUAUCACGAUUAUCAACCCUCCAGUCAACUCUCUUUCACUUGACGUGUUGCAAAGCUUGAAAGAGAGUUUUGAUGAGGCCUUACGAAGAGAUGAUGUCAAGGCGAUUGUUGUUACAGGUGCAAAAGGAAAAUUUUCUGGUGGUUUUGAUAUUACAGCUUUUGGUAAAAUUCAAGGGGGAAAUGUGGAGCAACCAAAGCCUGGCUAUAUAUCAGUGGAGGUUCUCAGUGACACUUUAGAAGCUGCAAGAAAACCCUCAGUUGCUGCCAUUGAUGGCCUUGCCUUAGGUGGGGGUCUAGAGGUUGCAAUGGCUUGUCAUGCACGUAUAUCGACCCCUACUGCACAAUUAGGCCUGCCUGAGCUUCAACUUGGACUAAUUCCUGGGUUUGGAGGAACACAGCGGCUUCCACGUCUUGUUGGUCUCGCUAAGUCCCUUGAAAUGAUGUUGACAUCAAAGCCUGUUAAAGGUGAAGAAGCCCUUGGGUUGGGCCUUGUGGAUGCUGUUGUUUCGUCUCAUGAGCUGGUAAACACCGCACGGCAAUGGGCACUAGCUAUUUUGGAACGGAGAAAACCGUGGGUUGCUAGCCUUUAUAAAACUGAUAAGUUAGAGCCCCUUGGGGAGGCAAGGGAAAUACUUAAUUUUGCUAGAGCACAGGCUCGGAAGCAGGCGCCAAAUCUCAAACACCCCUUGGUUUGUAUUGAUGUUAUUGAAGAGGGCAUAGUUGCUGGUCCAAAGGCUGGGCUGUGGAAGGAGGCUGAAGAUUUCCAAGGACUUCUCAAAUCUGACACCUGCAAAAGCUUGAUCCACGUCUUCUUUGCUCAGCGUGGAACAUCAAAGGUUCCUGGGAUCACUGAUAGGGGCCUAGUGCCAAGACGAGUGAAGAAAGUUGCUAUACUAGGUGGAGGUUUAAUGGGCUCUGGAAUAGCAACUGCAUUGAUUCUUAGCAAUUAUACACUAAUCCUGAAAGAAGUGAAUGAGAAAUUCUUGGAGGCUGGGAUUGGUAGAGUCAAAGCCAAUCUACAAAGCCGAGUUAAGAAAGGGAAAAUGACUCAAGAAAAGUUUGAAAAAACUAUCUCACUGCUUAGGGGUGUUCUUGACUAUGAAAGCUUUAGAGAUGUGGACAUGGUCAUUGAGGCGGUAAUUGAGAAUGUUACUCUGAAGCAACAAAUUUUUGCUGAUCUUGAGAAAUACUGCCCUCCACAUUGCAUACUUGCUAGUAAUACUUCCACAAUUGAUUUGAACUUGAUUGCCGAGAGGACCAAAUCCCAGGAUCGGAUUGUUGGGGCUCAUUUCUUUAGUCCGGCUCACAUCAUGCCACUAUUGGAAAUUGUUCACACCAAGCAGACAUCUCCCCAAAUAAUUGUUGACUUGCUCGAUGUUGGGAAGAAAAUAAGGAAAACUCCAGUUGUUGUAGGAAAUUGCACAGGGUUUGCUGUCAAUAGGAUGUUCUUCCCAUACACACAAGCAGGCCUUUUCCUUGUUGAACGGGGAACAGAUGUUUAUCAGAUUGACCGAGUAAUUACCAAGUUUGGAAUGCCAAUGGGUCCAUUCAGAUUGGCUGACCUGGUUGGUUUUGGUGUUGCAAUUGCAACUGGCAUGCAGUUUGUUGAGAGCUUUCAUGAGAGAACCUAUAAAUCAUUGCUUAUCCCAAUUAUGCAAGAGGAUAAGAGAGCAGGUGAAACUACUCACAGAGGUUUUUAUUUGUAUGAUAAUAAACGCAAAGCUAGUCCUGAUCCUGAACUAAAGAAGUACAUUGAGAAGGCAAGGAGCUUCUCGGGUGUAGCCGUUGACCCUAAGUUUGUGAAAUUGUCAGAGAAGGACAUUGUGGAGAUGAUAUUCUUUCCAGUGGUGAAUGAGGCCUGCCGAGUUUUUGCAGAAGGUAUUGCAGUGAAAGCAGCAGACCUUGACAUCGCUGCUGUUAUGGGCAUGGGAUUUCCACCUUACAGGGGAGGAAUCAUGUUUUGGGCUGAUUCUCUUGGAUCUAAGUACAUCUAUUCAAGACUGGAGGAAUGGUCAAAGAUGUAUGGAGAAUUUUUCAAGCCUUGUGCCUUCUUGGCUGAACGAGCUGCCAAGGGUGCUCCAUUGAGUGCACCGGUGGAGCAGGCAAAAUCUCGAUUGUAAGACUGAUUGCUGCACUGCCCACUGCUGAAGAUCUCCUAUGUUUUCUUUUCGAAUUUCCUUUUCCAAGGCUGGACAGAUAGCUCAAGAUUGAGCUGAAUAAUGUUAUGAAAUGUAAAAUUUGAGGCGGCAAGAUAAGUUAAAGAAUGAAACAUGGAUAACAAGAAACGUCUCAGAUGAAUUCCUGAAAGCAAUCUUAAAAGGUUAAUGUGUACUAUUCAUCUUAUAUUGUCAACACUCAACAGCUGUAGUCAAUUUUUCUAUUAUCUCUAGUAGUCUUUGGUUUUCUUCUCAAGAACCGUCUGUCUCGGAAAUCCUUGAUGUUAUUCGUUUCUGCUGACCCCUUCCAGAUUUAUUCGAUCUUCUUCACGAUUUUUUUGCUA